AUGAGCGCCGGAGGAUCUCUCUUGAAGUUGGGAGAAGCUGAAGCACUUGAGGUGAUUGAGAGAGUGGCUUCAAAUGAUGAGGGAUGGAGGAACGAUAGAAGCAAAUCCUAUAGGGUGGCAUCCACCUCCGAUUUUGAUAGGAUGGAUACAAUGUCCAAGCAGCUGGACUUCCUAACUGACAAGCUUGGGUAUAUGGGAACAAGGCAAGUUGGGACUGAGAUGCAACAAGGAAUCGAAGAUGUAAACUACGUUCACCAAGGUGGCAAUAACAGAAAUUUCAACAAUUACCGCCCCAAUCAAGGAGGAGGCAAUUACAACCACUAUGGGAACAAGGUGCAUCCCAACUUGUCCUACGGGAACCCAAAUAAUGCCUUGCAACCACCACCCGGAUUCCAGGUAUCAGAUGGCCAAAUCAUAGAACCGAAGAAGGAUGAGCUGAAAGAUGUGUUAAUGGCUUUUAUGAAACAAACGAGAGAGUGCAUGAAAGACUCCAACAAAAGGCUAGUGCAGGUUGAAGCUAAUGUGAAUGACUUGAAUAUUCACAUGAACAGCAUCGAUAACCAGAUGAGCCAGAUUUCACAGGCUGUGGGUAUUCAGCAUCAACCAGGCCAAUUCCCUUCACAAACGGUUGUAAAUCCUAAAGACUUUGUAGAAGAGGUGGUGGAAGAAGAAGAACCAGUGGAAGAGGUGCCGCCUCCCAAGGCAAGCACCGUGAUACCUGCACCCCCUGCUGAGGUUAAGAUCCCAUUUCCACAGCGCGUGCAGAAGAAGAAACUAGAUGAUCACUUCUCUAGGUUUCUUGACAUAUUCAGAAAAGUGCACAUUAACAUCCCACUGAUUGAGGCACUACAGCAGAUGCCGAAGUAUGGGAAGUUUCUGAAGGAGGUGAUAGCCCAGAAGACCAGUUGGGGACAGGUAGACACUAUUAAUCUAACUGAAAAUUGCAGUGCUCUGCUGCAAAGGAAACUGCCUGCCAAGCUGAAGGAUCCUGGAAGUUUCACUGUCGACUGCCUCAUUAGGGGCUAUAAGGUGGAGAAUGCUCUCUGCGAUCUAGGCACGAGUAUUAAUCUUAUGCCACUAUCAGUGUUCAAGCAACUGAACAUCGGUACUUUGAAGCCCACCUCAGCCACACUACAGAUGGCAGACAGAUCUGUCGUGUAUCCAGAGGGCAUCGUGGAAGACCUACUGAUUAAGGUCGGGGAAUUUAUUUUUCCCAUCGAUUUUAUGGUCUUGGACAUGGAAGAAGACAAGGGAGUCCCCCUACUGCUAGGACGUCCCUUCCUCGCCACUGCUGAGGCAAAUAUAAACGUGAAAAAUGGAGAGUUGACAAUCUUCAUGGGAGAAGAAAGUCAGACGUUUUCCCACAAACCGAGAAGCAUGGAUGGAAGAAAUGAGGAGUGCAAAGUGGUGCGUCUGAAGCACCAAGUGAUUACUGAAGAAGGAGGAUCGAGUGCAGUCAGAAAAGUGAAGCAGAAGGACUUUUAUGAUCUUCACAUGGAGAUGAUGGCUUCCACUAACUCGAAGCCAAUAGCGUGGAUCGAUGCAGACCAUAGUUGCCCUUCACCGGUGCACUCGGUGAUCAUUACUGAACCCCCUAGGAUGGGGGUAAAAUACCAACUGCUGCCAAGGGAAGAAAGACAACUACUCCAACACUGA